AUGGACAAAAACCCUAGAAAGAACCUUCUUUUCAUUUCGCACCUUCUGGAAGCCAUUACCCACUCUCUCUUCACUGUAGAGCGUCUUCUCGUCCGCUCGGUCCUUCGCUCUCCCUCCGGAGACUUUCCAUGGCCCUUCCUAUGGAGUUCUGGGGUGUUGAAGUCAAGGCUGGACAACCUCUCAAAGUCGUCCCUGGAGAAGCUAAAAUUUUGCAUCUUUCACAGGCAUCACUGGGCGAAUCGAAGAACAGUAAAUCAAGUGAUUCCGUGCCACUUUUUGUUAAUUUUGAUGGCCAGAAGCUUGUAUUGGGAACCCUUUCUCCUGAUAAAUUCCCGCAACUAGCUUUUGAUUUGGUCUUUGAGAAGGAGUUUGAGCUCUCACACAACUGGAAACAUGGAAGUGUCUUUUUUUGUGGAUACAUGACUGUUGUACAGGAAGGGGAUGAUUUUUCUGAGGAUGAAUCAGAUGAGGAGGAUAUACCAUUGAUUACUGCAGAGAAUGGAAAGGGUGGCUCAGAAGCUUCUGCUAAGCAUUCUACAGCCAAUGCUAUCGCUGCUAAGCCUGAAUCAUCAGCAAAGCCGAAGGUUAGAAUUGUGGAACCAAUGAAAGUCGAUGGGGAAGAUAGUGAUGAGGAUGAUGACGAAGAUGAAGAGGAUGAGGACGAUGAGGAGGGAAGCGAUGACAGUGAGGCAGAAUCUGAUGAGGAGGAUAGCGAUGAAGAGGAGACCCCAAAGAAGGCUGAGCAGGGAAAGAAGAGGCCUGCUGAAUCUGCACCCAAAACACCUGUUUCUGACAAGAAGGCAAAAGUUGUUGCUUCACAAAAGACAGAUGGAAAGAAGGGCGGUCACACGGCCACUCCUCACCCGGCAAAACAUGCUGGGAAGACUCCUGCUAAUGCUAAGCAGCAAACACCGAAAUCCGAUGGCAAAAUCUCGUGCAAAUCUUGCAACAAGUCAUUUAAUUCAGAAAAUGCUCUUCAGUCCCACUCCAAGGCCAAGCACGGUGCUAAGUGAAGACGAGUGAUAAUGAUGGACUCGAGAAGGAGAAUAUAUUUCUGGCCUUUUAAAACUUUUUGCUGUCUAUUGAGGUGAGGGUGAACUAAUAUCAGAGUGAGUUUAUGUCUUGAAAGGUUAUGUCAGUUCCAGCGUGAUCUUAGUGUAUGUUUGAGGCUGUGGGUUUUGACCCGUUUUUUAACUUUGAUCAAUGAGGAGCCCGUAUAACAUGAUAAUGGUCCGAUCUUACCAUGUAUGCUUUUUAACUAUUUUCAAGCCAAGAUGAAUGAAGGCCAUCAAAUUAUAGUA